CUUGGGACACACCGCUGCCCUCAGCUCCUAGUACCGGGAGAGCGUGGAGCGAGUGCGGGAGGCAGAUCCUGGGUGCGCUCGAGGGCGGUGGUCAGCAAACUGGGUAUGAACCUAGAGGGCGGCGGCCGAGGCGGAGAGUUCGGCAUGAGUGCGGUGAGCUGCGGCAACGGGAAACUCCGCCAGUGGCUGAUUGACCAGAUCGACAGCGGCAAGUACCCGGGCCUGGUGUGGGAGAAUGAGGAGAAGAGCAUCUUCCGUAUCCCGUGGAAGCACGCGGGCAAGCAGGACUACAACCGCGAGGAAGAUGCUGCCCUUUUCAAGGCUUGGGCUCUAUUUAAAGGAAAGUUCCGAGAAGGCAUUGAUAAGCCAGACCCUCCUACCUGGAAGACACGUUUGCGAUGCGCUUUGAACAAGAGCAAUGACUUUGAGGAAUUGGUUGAGAGGAGCCAGCUGGAUAUCUCUGACCCAUACAAAGUGUACAGGAUUGUUCCUGAGGGAGCCAAAAAAGGAGCAAAGCAGCUCACCAUAGAGGACCCACAGAUGACCAUGAGCCACCCCUACACCAUGACGACACCUUAUACCACACUCCCAGCCCAGCAGGUUCAUAACUACAUGAUGCCACCCCAUGAUCGAAGCUGGAGGGAUUAUGUCCCCGAUCAGCCACACCCAGAAAUCCCAUAUCAAUGUCCUAUGACGUUUGGCCCUCGAAGCCAUCACUGGCAAGGCCCAGCUUGUGAAAAUGGUUGCCAGGUGACAGGAACCUUUUAUGCUUGUGCCCCACCUGAGUCCCAGGCUCCUGGAAUCCCCAUAGAGCCAAGCAUAAGGUCUGCUGAAGCCUUGGCGCUCUCAGACUGUCGGCUGCAUAUCUGCCUGUACUACCGGGAAAUCCUGGUUAAGGAGCUGACCACAUCUAGCCCUGAAGGCUGCAGGAUCUCCCACGGACACACCUAUGAUGCCAGCAACCUGGACCAGGUCCUAUUUCCCUACCCUGAGGACAAUGGGCAGAGGAAGAACAUUGAGAAGCUGCUGAGCCACCUUGAGAGGGGCGUGGUCCUCUGGAUGGCUCCAGAUGGCCUUUAUGCCAAAAGACUAUGCCAGAGCAGGAUAUACUGGGAUGGGCCACUGGCACUGUGUAGCGACCGGCCCAACAAACUAGAGAGAGAUCAGACCUGCAAGCUCUUUGACACGCAGCAGUUUCUGUCAGAGCUGCAAGCAUUUGCACAUCAUGGCCGUCCCCUGCCAAGAUUCCAGGUGACCCUGUGCUUUGGGGAGGAGUUUCCAGACCCUCAGAGGCAAAGGAAGCUCAUCACGGCCCACGUGGAACCCCUGCUAGCCAGACAACUAUAUUAUUUUGCUCAACAAAACAGUGGACAUUUCCUAAGGGGCUACGAUUUACCAGAACACAUUAGCAGUCCAGAGGAUUAUCACAGAUCUAUCCGCCAUUCUUCCAUUCAAGAGUGAAAAAACUGUCAAAACAAGAUUUUUUGUUUCAUGAUAAAUAUCUGACUUUGACGAGGACAGCUGAUUGACCACCCUCUUCUUCUUUUGAUCUCAUCAAGAAUAUAUGCAGCAACUUGGUGGCAUCUGAUUGACAGAUGCACUUUUGCUAGAGGAACGCGGUCUUCCAGGUCCAACAAGCAGAUUUUUCCUGUAUGUCUGUUGACUGCCAUUGUUGGCAAUAACUGUGAAAAUUGACCAAGUAAUGUGUUUACAUUUACUUCAAUGCUAUGUAUCAUCUGGUGUGGGUUAGUUCUUACUUGAAGACUGAGAAAACUUGUAUUUCAGCUUUGAACCACCAACUCUUUCAAGGAAAGUGCGUAAGUGCUGUAUCAUUUCUCAGGGAAGUGAAGUCUAGAUUGGAGGCUACUCUAACCCCACAAAAGAAAUGUAUCCAUGUGUGCAGUAGCUGUUGUUCUUGUAGGAAAUGAUUGCUGAAUGAAGGAACCAGAAUCUUGGUCUGAGGCAGAGCCACAGUGCUGUGGGCUGGCUCAUCUCCCCAUCUGCCUGGGGUCUUCUCUGGAUGGGCCCCGUCCUGCAUGCCAUUUGCUUCCUCUCCUGUGCCUCUCCUGGGAGUCAUUUGGUAGAUUCUGUUGCCAUUUUCUUGAGCCAAAAAGCAUUAGAGCUUCUCUUGGAUGGUAGGGUUUUGUCUGUUCAAUAAUCUAGUAAUGACUGAUUAAGAUUUUUUUUCAGUUUGUCUUUUUUUCUUUGUAUUUCAUUCUUUAGAAAUUAUUGCUAAAACUUUUUUCUUAAAGAGGAAGAAGAAAAAAAAAGGCAGAUAACCAAGAGUCUAAGUGCUAAAAAGAUACAUUUUCAAAACUCCAUGACAUUUCCCCUCUUCUGUUUGUUUUGUUUGACUCUUGGGUGGUAUCCAUGGCAAUACUAAAGAGGAGGAGCUAGUGGCUCAGGUUGUGAACUCUGGCAGGAUUCAACUGAUUGCAUAACUGCAGACUCAGUGAGCUGUUUCUGCUUAUUUUGUGUAUUGGAUGCUUCCUCAUGCCAACAGUAGUUUGACAGGACCUUAAAAUUACUGAGCUUUUUCUAAAUACAUUUUUAAAAAAGAGAAUUCCGAAGAUCCCCACCUGCUUCUGCGAACCUCACCCCUUACUUUCUUGUUUUUUCGUUAGACUUGAAUGCUCCAAUAUUCUCUCUUACUAUCAAAUAAUUGCUUUUAUUUUCAGGCACAGUCAGAGUUAAUAGUUCUCAAAUAUGUGCCACUCCUAUUCUUAUUUUUAGUCUUUUAAUUCAUUCAACAAGGACAUAUUAAAGGACUGCUCUAUCCCUUGUGUUACAUAGAUCCCAGCAUUUAUCAAGUUCAAUAAGCAAUGAAAUAUUGGGGUGCAUUUUUUUAAAAACUUUUACAAAGGGAAUUUUAGUACUAAAAUAUAUAUUAACUACAGAAAAUAUGAGCAAUCUAGAAGAAGAAAAAAAAUGAAAGCUUUUUUUUCAACCCAAAUCCUCUUCCCUAGAAGUGGCCACAAGAAGAAUUCAAUUUAUUUUUCCAAUACACUUCAGUUUUCUAUAAGUAUACAUAAACUUAAAAAAAAAAUUCAUAGGCGCACAUGCUCUCUGUACCUAAACAAUACAAACUUACCUCAUUCUUUCAGAAGCAUUGUAGGAUGCCAUUGCAAUGUCCUCAGUAUGGUUUAAGAUAUCUCAGCUGCCACUCAGCAAAGAUUUCUUUGGGCAGCCAAUAUGCCUCGUGAACUUCAGCAAUUUAUACAUCUUAUAGAUGCAUAGUAUUUUGGGGUAUAUUAUCCUAAGGGUACAUGAAACAAAAUUAAGAACUGCUGUUUCUCGGGGCACUCAGCCUGUAGCCUUCCUCACUGGACAACAUUUAACCCUACUGUACUGCACUUCCCUGAAACUCUCCUUAAGGUCCCUCCCAAGGCAAGCAGAUACUGGAUUUUAAUUGCUGUGUGAAAUAUAUAUAUUUAAUAUGUAUAUCUGCUUUAACAGUAGAGCUGCAUUUUUUGGAAAAUGCUUGUUGGCUCAGGUGAUGACCUAUCUCAUCUUUAUACCCUGGUAUGCUGACCUUUUAAAUCUUGAGGGGACCUAUAGGGAGUGAACUAUUAAAUGAUCAGGUGAAGAAUCAUGACAGGCCUUUGCAAAUGAAUGGCUUUCUCUUCCUUCCUUAUCUCCAUAAAAUGGACUUGCAGACUAAAAUUUAGUUUGUCCUCAGUAGAAGACCCUGUUGAAGGGUUUAGAUACUUGUGCUAAAGAGCUCUGGAUUGCAGGGUAAGAAAUGUUCAGGUCUCAUUGGUUCUUGUUCUUUGAUGUCCUAUGUUUAGUAUAACUUUGGGACAGUAUAUUCUGGAACACUAUAGAGAACCAGAUGACCUACUCUUAAAACUGAAACCUUUAACCCUUCCCCUAGUCUGUUUGGAUAGAAGUGGGCCCCGAACUAAGGCAUAAAUGAUAUUUCCUUGCCUUGCCAUGUCAUUGGAUGUAAACCCCAGCAUUGGAGAAUUCUGGGAAUCUUACUUAUACACACCUUCCACAUUGGAAUGUGCACCUGGAAGACCAAUUAUUAUUAUUAUUUGGUAUUAGUUACUGUUUUAGUAAAAAUCUAGCUGUAAUUCAAAUCCCUUUUAUUCCUCUCCAAUCACAGUCUUCCGCUUCCCUUCUGGCAAAUAUUUUACUGAAAUGGUGAGCUUUCUUAAUGUCUAUUUUUAUUAUCCAUCUCCCUAAAUUAUUUGUAGCUGGCUGCAUUCAUUUUAAAGUUGCAUUAAGGCUACCAUAUCAUACCCAUCUACUGUGCCACACACAUCAUCUGGCUAGUUGCUUCUUUACAUGCCCCUGGAGAUCAAGCCCCGUGAAUGUAGGUGGACCACCAUCCCUUUUAUCAUUGCAGACUAGCCUGUGAUGUGAAUGCAGUGAAAGUCAAUUUUCCUGCUAUUUAUUUUCACUGCUUUAAGGAAUAUGCAUGUGAGUGUAGCAGAAAUGUAGGAGAAGAGAAGGGAGAGAUGUGGAGGAGAAAAGAAAAGAUCAAGAGACCAAUCCUCCUCCAAUGGAUGCCUCUAAUUCUGUAAAUAUAUGUCAUGAAUUUUUAUGUACAUUUGCUUUUAAAAAUAUUGAUGUGUGUGACAAUGGAAUGUUUUUAGGUCAUCAAUAAAUAAAGACUUU